AUGAGCACCGUGUGGUGCAUCCAGGAGCAGCUGCUCGUUUUGUGCACAAUGCCAGCUGAAGGUACAGAGGACCAAGCCCCGGGCAGCGCAGCUCUCACGCUGGGCGGUACAGAGGAGGAUGGGGCGGCAGGAGGCACAGCAUCCUCUUUUCCAGGGAGCAGCCAAGGCUCAGAGUCUGCGGCUACAUACCCGGGCAGUUCAGGACCAGGGGAGGGACCUUCUGGAUCAAAGCGGUCAGGAGCAUUACUGCACAUUGACAGACAGAGAAUCCAAGCAGCCUGUGCCAGUUCAGGGGCCGAUGAGCUGCAGGGCCUCGGUGUUGCUGUAUAUGACCAGGAGGUUCUGGAACAGGGUGUGCUCCAACAGGUGGAUGAAGCCAUUCAAGAAGCCAAUCGUGCUUCUGCAAAAGCAGAGGCAGAAAAAGAAUACCAGUCAGUACUGGACGAUGUCAGGUCAAUCACAUUGGAAUUAAAACACAUUAACAAGAUCAUUAAUCAACUUGGACCUUACGCUGUCUCCAGCAAAGAUAUCAACCGAAAGAUUGAAUCUGUGAAACGACAAAAAGAAAAUAAGGAAAAACAGCUAAAGAAAAUAAGAGCCAAACAAAAAAGACUCCAGGCCAUUUUGGGUGGAGACGACUCUCUGAAACUUGAACUUUUAGCUGCCGAAGAUGAUGAUGAUGAUGAAGAAGAAGAAGCUGGCCCGUCCACCCUUGGCAGCAUGCUUAUGCCAGUCCAAGAGACCGAGUGGGAGGAACUUAUUCGCAAAGGACACAUGACACCAUUUGACCAAGAGGAGCGGGAGGCCAUGGAAGAGGGCUUUGCUGAGGACGAUGAUGAAGAAUAUGAAUUAAAACCAUUCAAGAAGAAGACUAGAGGCAAACAGAAAAAGAUGAAGGAAGAAAGUGACGAAGAGUUUAUUCCCGAGAGUUCAGAUGAAGAUAAUGAGCAGAAGGGCAAAGCAAGAUUUAAAGAUGAUGGAGAUAUUGAAUUCUACAGGCAGAGAAUAAGGAAAUGGAAACGACAGCGUCUACGAGAAAGAGAGGAGAGAAGGGAGAAAGCCGAAGAGCUCACAGAUGAUAGUGAUGCAGAAUUUGAUGAGGGGUUCAAAGUGCCCGGAUUUCUCUGGAAGAAACUUUACAAAUACCAGCAGACAGGUGUACGAUGGCUGUGGGAGCUCCACUGUCAGCAGACAGGGGGCAUCCUCGGUGACGAGAUGGGACUGGGGAAGACCAUCCAGGUCAUCUGCUUUUUAGCCGGUCUGAGCUUCAGCAAACUUCGGACUCGAGGGUCUAACUACAGGUAUGCUGGUCUGGGUCCUACCAUUAUUGUCUGUCCAGCAACUGUUAUGCACCAGUGGGUGAAGGAGUUUCACACCUGGUGGCCCCCUUUUCGAGUAGCUGUCCUCCACGAAACUGGUUCUUUCACAAGCAACAAGGAGAGACUUAUUCCAGAGAUUGCCUCUUGUCACGGUAUCCUGAUAACCUCAUAUUCAGCUGUGAGGAACUUACAGGAUGUUUUACUGCGCUAUGAUUGGCACUACAUCAUUUUGGAUGAGGGUCAUAAAAUCAGAAAUCCCAAUGCUGGAGUUACUAUGGCUUGCAAACAGUUUCGCACUCCUCACCGGUUCAUCCUGUCAGGCUCCCCCAUGCAGAACAAUUUGAAGGAGCUGUGGUCUCUUUUCGACUUUGUAUUCCCUGGAAAACUAGGGACCCUACCCGUUUUUAUGGAGCAGUUUUCUGUGCCUAUCACCAUGGGAGGAUACAGCAAUGCCUCACCUGUGCAGGUUCAGACGGCUUAUAAAUGUGCCUGUGUGCUUAGAGACACCAUAAAUCCAUACCUGCUCCGGAGAAUGAAGGCAGACGUGAAGGCCAAUUUAUCUCUUCCCGAUAAGAAUGAACAGGUCCUGUUUUGCAGAUUAACAGAUGAGCAGCGGGAAGUUUACCAGGGAUUUUUGGAUUCAAAAGAGGUUUACCAGAUACUGAAUGGAGACAUGCAGGUUUUUUCAGGUUUGAUUGCCCUCAGAAAGAUGUGCAAUCACCCGGACCUGUUCUCAGGCGGCCCCCGGAUGCUGAGGGGAAUCCCUGAGGACCAGCUGACGGAGGAGGAGCACUUUGGCUUCUGGAAACGCUCUGGAAAACUGAUCGUGGUGGACUCUCUGCUGCGGCUUUGGUUCAAACAGGGUCAUCGAGUCCUGCUGUUCACUCAGUCCAGACAGAUGUUGAACAUCCUGGAGGUCUUUGCGAGGGACAAUAACUACUCGUACUUGAAGAUGGAUGGCACUACAGCUAUAGCGUCACGGCAGCCCCUCAUCGCGCGCUACAACGAGGAUAAAUCCAUUUUUAUUUUCUUGCUGACUACAAAAGUUGGAGGUCUGGGAGUUAAUUUGACGGGAGCCAACAGGGUCAUCAUCUAUGAUCCAGACUGGAACCCCAGCACAGACACACAGGCACGUGAGCGGGCUUGGAGGAUUGGACAAAAACAGCAAGUCACUAUUUACAGAUUGUUGACUGCGGGCACUAUCGAGGAGAAAAUCUACCACAGGCAAAUCUUCAAGCAAUUUCUAACCAACCGAGUGCUUAAAGACCCUAAACAACGACGCUUUUUCAAGUCCAAUGACAUCUACGAACUGUUUACGCUGUCGGAUCCGACUGGUGCCCAGGGAACUGAAACAAGUGCCUUAUUUGCAGGCACUGUUAAGAAAAGGGACUUUAAGAAAACAGAUGAGGAAGAGGGACAAGGCGACAAGGCCAAAUCUGAUGACUAUGUUCUGGCAAAACUAUUCAAGAAAUCAGGCAUCCACAGUGUAAUGCAACAUGACACCAUCAUGGAGUCCUCCAACCCAGACUAUGUUCUGGUGGAAGCAGAGGCCAACAGAGUUGCCAAAGAUGCUUUAAAAGCCCUUAAAGUUUCUCGUCAGAGGUGCAAGCUAUCCUAUAACUGUACUCCUCCACCAAGAAAAAGAUUUGGACAGAAGAAAAAUUCUCUUCUAGUUGAACCAACAGUUCAGUCUGUCCCCACUUCAAACAAGUGCAAGGAUGCUGCAAUAAUAAAAAAGUCUAAAAAGCCAGGAUCUGGGGCUCACUUCAGUGGAGAGGGGGCUGACACUGAUGCUGCAUCUCCAGCGCUUGCCUCCUCCUCGCUGCUCGCCAAGAUGAGAGUUCGCAAUCACAUUAGUGUCCCGUCUGGACCAGGAGUCGAAGAAGAGGAAGAAGAGGCUGACGCUCAGCCGACGAGCGAACCACCAGCUCCACACACUGAGCAUGACGAGCUGUUGGUUGAUCUGCGAAACUUUAUUGCCUUCCAGGCACAUGUAGACGGACAAGCAAGUACUCACGAAGUGCUGGAGUAUUUUAAACCACGACUCACUCAAGCUCAAGCUCCUGUUUUUCGAGAACUCCUACGAAGCAUUUGCGACUUUCACCGAACGGCUGGUCAGGAGGGCCUCUGGAAACUCAAGCCACACUUUAGCUAA